UAAACCCGCUCAGGAAUGAGUAGCAGCGGAUACGCGGCCGUUAACAACAACUAUUUCAGUCGUUACUGUGCACGUUAUGCAUGCAAUUUCGUCCUACCGAAAAGCACGCUAAAGUGGCUCGUCAGUUCAUUUGGAGUAUCAUGUAACAGGACACUGGCUGGCCCCGGCUUGUGAAGCAGGAGCGAAGAGCAAUCAAUCCCCGGACACCUCCACCGUUAUUCGGUGUGUGUUGAGUCCAGCGAGCGCUGCUGAGGCAGGGGAACCGCUGCUCUAAUGCUGCCCUGACCGCACCGGCUAUUUUCACGCGGUAUCUUGUUUUCGUCCGAACACCAGAUCAGGUUUUAUUGCGGGACAAGAUGUUGCAAGUGCUUGUUUGCGGCGUUGUGGUCUUCCCCGGUCUCUUCUUCACUUUUAGAAAAGUGCUUCCGUCCAUUUUCAAGCGGUGGACAGAUGCCGACGUCGUGCUGGUCAGCGAGAGGCUGGUGUCAUCUAUUCACGCUGUUAUGGCCACUACAGCUGGCAUGAUCGUGGUGUCCUCGUGCAAAGACAAUGUGAUUAUGGACCGACACUGGCUGGCCACCUAUUUUGUCAUCUGGUACGGUGUUCCCUACAUGUCAUAUGACAUCUUCGCCAUGUACCUCAGCCAUUACUAUCGCUUCAAGGUCAAAGGUCACAAAGACUACAAGAGCCACUCUCUGCGAACCAUCAACUCAUUUGUGUGGAAAGAGUUCCUCCUGGUGCUCCAUCACAUUGCGCUCCUCACCAUCCUGCUGCCUGUGACUCUGUUCUUCAGGAAGGACCAGGGCGAUUACUUCAUUGGCUGUCUGUUCCUCACAGAGCUCAGCACUCCUUUUGUUUCACUGGGCAAAAUCCUCAUUCAGCUGGGCUUGCAGGACUGUUGGCUGCACAAGUUUAACGGCGGCAUGGUUCUGCUAAGCUUCUUCAUGUGCCGCAUCGCGCUCUUCCCCUACAUGUACUGGGCCUACAGCUCACACUACGGCAUCCCGCUCUACAGCGUCCCCUUCCACCUGCCGCUCGCCACCAACGUGGGCAGCGUCUGCAUCCUGGCGCCGCAGGUCUACUGGUUCGUCCUCCUCUGCCGCAAAGGCUACCGGCUCUACAAGCGCCAGCGAGACGCUCAGAACCAGAGCUCUCCGCUGUCCUCGCCAGAUAUCUCCAAGGCCGAUUAGUGAUGGUCUUCAUCUAGAACAAACAAUCAACCGACGUCACAGCUGAAGGUUACGACACUUACAGUACAACAAGACCUCAUCUUAGAAUUACCCUGUUUUCACUCAUAUCUGCUUAAUAUUUCAUUCACGGUGACGUUCCACCUGCAGGGAGCGUGUGUUAGGUCAGUUAUUGAGGGCCGCGAGCUGCUCAUUCCUCCUCAGAUUGGAGUAUCUGUUACAGUCUUUGAAUGUCAUUGGAAUUUUCUGUUACUUUUUUGUGUUUUGAUUUUGUCCCGUGUGAAAUUCUGCCCCCCGUGUGCUUGAAGCACAAAACACGCUGGUUUAAAUGAGGGAAAUGAGCGGCACAGCCGCCAUUACGAUGAAUUCAUCAGAUUAAAACCCACAGAGUUUCACAUCCAAGCAACAUUUCAGAUCACUUCCCACUCGACGCCGAUCUCCAUGGCCGCAGUGCUGCUGUUCCUGUUUACAGCUCAUUAGAGUUGUGUGAAUGUGUUUGCACACACACUGCCCUGCUGUGACUGUUUACACUCCUAUAACACGCACCGCCCUUUACGCUCUGGAGGCUGCUAAUGAAUUCUGCUUCGCUUCUGCGGGACUUUCGAGAAUCCAAAGUCCUCCCAUCCACAUGGGGGCAGUAGAAAGCCGGUCCUUCUGUUUACACAGGACUUGAGUCUAUAGGGGGAUGGGGGUCUAAAGAGCGAGCACAUAACGCUUGGCAUAUCUUUUAGGCCACAUUAUGCCCAAAGGCAUCUCCAGGCAGUAGUCAAAGCAAUAACGCGAGGCUUCGAAGCAUGGGAUUGUGAAGGGGUAGUUGGAGAACCCAUGUGAACGCAUGGGCAAGGAUGGGAAAGUUGCACGCCAGCCUACUCUGAUAGAGCUGGGAUCCUACAGUCUUGGGAAGAUGGAAAAUAUCAGGGAAUUUUACAUUUGUGUGGAAGAGUCAUCAUUUCUGUUGUCCCGUUAUUAUUUUUAGCCCUUUUAUUAUUUCAGAAAUCUCCUUUUAUGACUUCUCUCAUUAGUUUGGUCAAGUAAUCAUGGAUAUCUGUUAAAAGGAUCACGUUUGUGAGUGUGAAAUGCUCAUUUUCUAUUAUCGUUUCUAAUAACUGAGCCUACAGUUUGAGUUGUAGAUAAAUAAUUGUAUUUAAUUACGUUGACGAGUAUCGCAGUAAAACUGGGUGAUUUGUUGGGUCAUUUCUAGGGAUAAUCUGUUGCGUGUGAGAGCUUGUGUACGGAUGGGCUUAGCAAGGAACUCAAAAACCUUUGUUUUAGGGCUUUUAACACAGCCUGAAGCAUCUUUCAUAAUACAUUUAGUGAAUGCUGGAUGCCAUACGAAUGCAUCUUAGGAGUUUUUUCUUUCUUUCUAGAUUCCAUUAAGCACUUUCAGAAGUGCAGAACCGUCAGAUUAAAAUGUAGCUCAGUGUGUACCCAUGCACUCUUAUUUAGUGUGUUUCUGAGACAAACUGGACCUAAAGGUUGCCUUUAGCAAGUGUGCGCAUGUGUGUGUGUGUGUGUGUGUGUGUGAGAAACUAGACUUAUAUAACAGUGUGUUUAAGCGCCCAGCUCACUUUCUAGGAGGUUGAACGGGGUCUUUGCUGGCCUGAAAGAGAGAGAAUGUGUGUUUUGCUCUCCCUUUCGAAAGCUUUAGUACUUUUCAAAACUAACUAUGCAGUCUUGCAGUCUUUCAAGCUGCUGCUUCUUUUUCUUACUUUCGUCAAGGCGGGGGGAUUCAUCUGGCCAUAUUAUAAGUAUCUUUUUGGUUUUUCAGUAGUUUGAAAUGCUGUUACAGUAAAUUCUUCCUUUCUUUUUCAGGAAAGACAUUUGUUUUGGAAGAAAAAUCCAUAAUCCAGCACCGAACAAGCAUUUAAAAUCAAAUCUAUGGGCAUUAGUAGGAGUUUGUCAUUCCUUUGCUGCUAUAACACUUACAUUCUCAACCCUCUCGCACAAUUCAGUUGCAUUUCAUCGUUUGAAUGAAGUGUUCUAGCAUUAGAGGUCCACAAAUGUUUGGCUUCGUAGUCCAUAUAGUUUUGGAAACACAAUGAUUUUCCAGCAGGGUUUAUUUAUGCCACGCUUGACUUUUAAAUCAUAAGACGAUAAUCUCUUUUUUUUUGUUGUUGGAAUUAAUAGUCUAAUGUCUUCAAGGCCUCCUCUCUCAGCUCAGGGUUUGAUAAAGACAAUAUCAUUUAUUAUUUAGAGAUGAAAGAUGAGACUGUGAUUUACUAAAGGAUUUACAAAAGACACAUUUAUAUAUUCGGAAAUACUUUGGGGCUUGGUAGACCAAAGAUACCUUGGCACUUUUUUUUGGUCUGAGAUCCACAUCAUUGCCUUUCCCUCAUUGGCCAUUCAGAUCUCCACAGGAGUCUGGCUCAGGCGUUAUUCAGAUUAAAGACUGGACUUUCUCUCACUUGAGUUUAUUUGAAUGAAAAUUACAAUCUGGAUUAAAUCAUGGCCAGAUCAUAUUUCAAUUAUGAAGUUAGUUCAAAAUAAGUCUGUUAAAUCAAUUGUCUUUCUAAAGUUAGAGAUAAAAAAAAUAUAUUAAAAUGAGGAAAUUUAAAUAGUGUCACUAAAUUAAAGGGAUGGUUCACCCGAAAAUGAAAAUAGAUAUAAAGAUAUUUUGAAGAAUUUUCUGGCACUCAUCGACUUCCAUAGUAAGAAAAACAAUCUAUGGAUGUCAAUGAGUGCCAGCUAGCAGCAUUUUUCAUAUUAUCUUCUUUAUUUUGGCACCCAUUGACAUCCAUAGUAGGAAAACCAGUCUAUGGAGGUCAAUAAGUGCCUCUUAGCAGCAUUUUUCAUAAUAUCUUCUUUUUUUGGUACCAAUUGACUUUCAUAGUAGGAAAAAACUAUCUAUGGAAGUCAACGAGUGCAAGCUAGCAGCAUUUUUCACAAUAUCUUCUUUUUUUGACACCAAUUGACUUCCAUAGUAGGAAAAACAGUCUAUGGAAGUCAAUGAGUGCCAGCUAGCAUUUUUUUUUUACAAUAUCUUCUUUUUUGGCACCCAUUUGCCUCCACAGUAGGAAAAAAACAAUCUAUGGAAGUCAAUGAGUGUCAGCUAGCAGCAUUUUUCAUAAUAUCAUCUUUAUUUUGGCACCCAUUGACUUCCAUAGUAGGAAAAACAGUCUAUGGAGGUCAAUGCGUGCCAGCUAUCAGCAUUUUUCAUAAUAUCUUCUUUUUUGGCACCAAUUGACCUCCAUAGUAGGAAAAACAAUGUGUGGAAAUCAACGAGUGCCAGCUAGCAGCAUUUUUCAUAAUAUUUUCUUUUUUUGGGGCCCAUUGACUUCCAUAGAAGGAAAAUUAUCUAUGGAAGUCAACGAGUGCCAAAAAAAGAAGAUAUUAUGAAAAAUGCAGCUAGCUGGCACUCAUUGACUUCCAUAGUUGGAAAAAAUAAGCUAUGGAAGUCAAUGAGUGCCAGCUAGCAGUAUUUUUCAUAUUAUCUCCCUUUUGUGGCACCCAUUGACUUCCAUAGUAACAAAAACAAUCUAUGGAAGUCAAUGGGUGCCAAAAAAAGAUUUAAUGAAAAAUGCUGCUAGCUGGCACUUAUUGACUUCCAUAGUAGAAAAAGAACUACGGAAGUCAAUGAGUACCAGCUAGCAGCAUUUUUCAAAAUAUCUUUUUUUGGCACCCAUUGACUUCCAUAGAUUGUUGAGUUAAUUGUCAGAAUUGUCAUUUUUGGUUGAACUAUCCCUUUAAAGGUCAUAAAAUAUUUUGUUCCUAAAUAUAAUCAAGCAGAAAUGGAGGAAUAAAAGGCGUAAAUCAGUUCAGAAUUGUCAUCAGCUGCUCUUAUUUUAUACAUAUCAAAAUUAGACUCGUUUGGUGCUUUCUUUGGAGCUUUAUAAUUUAUUCUCACUUAUUGUUACAGAGGAGUGGACGAAGGCUAAUAUAUGCAGGUUAAAAUCAAGCUAUAGUAAAUAUUAUAAUAUCUAUAAACCCCUUAGAUAAUGCGUUGACUGGAAAUAUCGUAAAUACAGUGCCUUGUAUUCAAGUUUUGUGUGAUACUGAUCCCAGCUCGAUGCACUCGAGUCCUGGGCAGGUGGUGUUUUAGGUUGUGACACUCUCAUUUCUUUUUUUUGCACAUUACACACACACACAAAACCUCUAUCAUCAGGCACAGUUGUAAUGUACACUUUAUUUUUUUAUGCUAGUAGGUUUGAUUUUAAUGUAUGGAUUGAAUAAAUUGUUACAGCUAAUGUUGUCUUUCAAACACGCAUCUGUCCAAGUCUUAAAAGAGUGUUUCGUUGAGGUUCUGUAUGCUUGCAGUGUACUUCAUAUUUGCAUUCGUGAAGCUAAUUCAAAGGAAGUCUUGGUGUAAUGGUCUAUAAUGUUACCCAGUUUUCUGAACUGCAUCCAUUCCUUGUAAAACCUGAUGUGAUUGGACAACGUGUUGCAUAAUUUUAGGUCAUUUUAAAGGGAACGCUCCUCUUUUUUUUUUUUUUUUUUUUUUUUGGAAAUUGGCUCAUUUUACAAGUCGAAUGUUAAAUAAGUACAUUUUUGAAUCCAUUUAGUCAGCGAAGGCACUUUUAGCUUAGCUUAGCAUAAAUCAUUGAAUCGGAUUAGACCAUUAGCAUCUAAAAAAACAAGUGUUUUAAUAAUUUUCCUAUAUAAAUCUUGACUCUUCUAUAGUGAGAUUGUGUACUAAGACUGACAGAAAAUAAAUAUGGCUGGGGCCUGUACUCUAAAUUCCGCAUAAUAAACAAGGACUAUGCUGUUAAAUGAGACUAUUUCCAAAAAAAAAAUGUUUAAAAGUGGAGUGUUGCUUUAAAUCAAUGUUACUCAUCUGCAUAUUUUAAGCUCCAUAAAAUGUACACUUCUAACACAUUCCUUGGUUGAAUCUUCACACUUAAUUCAGCAUUAAUAACACUAGCGUUAGAGAGGCCAGUGGGAAAGGAAACUUUUCAGAGAACUGGGAAGUAGCCAGAAAGCAUGUCUGCGUUAUCUGUUUCCUGGUGAGGAAAACUGACUUCCUUACUAUAUGUCCGCUUGACCUGGAAGCAUGAGUUCAUUUUGAUUUCCUAACGCACAAACCUUUAGCACUCCCUGCCUCUUAUUUUUGAUAACAUUUAUUUUUUUGAUUUUCAGACAUAUAUUGUAUCAGAUUUCAUAGAAAUAUAUAUAUAUAUAUAUAGGUUUCUGUUUGUAGGAUGACAAUUUAAGAAAGUCUCCUUUUAGAAAGGGGCUGCAGAGUGAAACUAAUAUAAACACUUGAUUGAGCUUAUUUUCUUGAAACUUGUAAAUCCAAACGCCACUUUGGAGAGAAUAAAUCUGAUUUGGUGAA